AUGACAGAGCAUAGUCAUCCGAGUACUGCUGAUCAGUCAGCUCAUCCUCCUAGUCAUCCCUCUGGAUCCUUCUCCAAGAAGAAGGCUCCAACUGUUUCGGGCAACAACGCAAUCCAUCCAAAAGCCAAUGUUUACAAAAAAAGAGGCCUGUACUCCAGCAAUUCGGUGGUUCCGGUGAGUGACUCCUUUGAUGAUGUUAACUCUUCACAAUUCAAAGAAGGCACCUUUGGGAAUGAACAAGAUCAUUCCUUUUUCGAGGACAAGAUUCAACAAUUUUUCAUGUUCAUCAAUGCGUUGAAAUUGGAACGUUCCAUUCAUCCUCUGUUGUGUUUGAGUCUUCAUUUGAUGAUGAUUUAUCAAACACUUUCAUUGGGAAUUUCCGUUGACGAUGGUUGGGGCGAAUAUGGAAGAUAUAUUGUGCAUGCUCUUGUUGCUCCGAGAACGUUUGGGUUUCAAUUUUUGCCAUAUAAUGAUUUUGUUGCAUUGUUCGCAAUUAUGUGCUUGGUUGAAUGUAUCGGAAUGAUCAUCAUCUUCUUCACUUAUCGAUCUCUAAUUUAUGGUAGCAAAUAUUGGAAAAAAAUUCGAACUGCUGGUAGAAGUGUUUUUGCCAUCAUGACAUUCCUUUCAUUGCCAAUGCUUUUAAGGCCCAUUUAUUUUGCAAUAUUUUCUCUUGGAUUUGUAAUCCUUUUAUUCCGUAAUUUACCAUUUGUGAGAAGAAGAGCCAAUUCUGUGUAUGGUGGUGUUGGGUUUGCGAGAAUUGGAGUUGCUGUUGCGUCGUUAAUUGCCUCACUGGUAAAUGCUAGCGAUUCAUGGGAUCUUGGGCUUGGACUUGCAUUUUGCCCUCCUGUACUAGCCUUGAUAGGCUUUGUUAUUGGAUUUUUGGUGACAGAUUUCUACACGAAAUAUCUUUUCAACAGAGGUCAUGAAAUGGUAAAGCUUGCCCUCACACACGACACACGAAUUCAUAAUCGAGACUUUAAAGCAGUGUGUGCCUUUCUGCAAUUUUCAAUGAAAGGUAUUAAUGAACACAAACGAUUGGUUUCAGAUUUUAUUGAAACAUCUCAACAUGCAGAUUGGCUAGAUGCUCAUAUGAAAGUUCUUUUUUCUCUUUUUUUGAAAGAUGUUUCACAUUCUCCUCAUUACUUCAUUUCUCUACAACUUCUUAAAAGAGCCGAAAAACAACCCUCUUCCAGCAUAUUUAUGAAAUACAAUAUUUUCAUAAGAACAAGGGAAACUGAAAAAUGUUUAUCAAACGGACGUUUAAACAGCGCCCAUUCAGAAAUUAUUCUAGAAGGGGUUAAAAUUAAGAUGCGCAAGCUGAGAUAUUUGAUCAUUCAAUUCUGGAAGAAUUUACUUGCAUCCAUGGAUGUCAAUGAUUUGAUCCAAAACAUUCAAUCUCUAACAUCAGAUUGUGAUAUCGCGUUCAAUAAUCUAAUAUUAGAAAAUGAGGAUGAUCCAUUCUUUCAAAAACUUUAUACUGAAUAUCAAGAAGAAUUAAGUUUUAAUGUACUAGACACCGGAAAUGGAUCAAAGGAAAUUCCAAAUACAACCAAAGAAACUGAAAAUAAUGAUCAACUAUUAGAUGUUCCUAUGAUGGAUGAUAAUUUAGAUUCAGUAUCACAAGUAGCAGAGGAAACAGUGGACAAACAACAAGAAAUUGUUUCCAAUGCCAUUAACAAAAGAGAGGUGAACCGUCUACUAUUUUAUUUUCUUGUUACAUUUGGAAUUGUGUCAACUGGUUUUAUAAUUGUACUACUAUCAGUCACGCUUCCAUUGUUGAGCUAUUUCACAAAUUUGGAUGUACUGACAACCACUGUACCACUUCCAUCAUUACCUUACUUCACAGUUGUUAAUAUUGAAAGUAGAAACAUUUUAAAAGCAUCCGAUUCAGUUUCAUAUUUGAGGGCCCUGAAUUUUGAGUUGGAACAAGUAGAGAACGUUGAAUUGUUAUUUGAUAGUGGAAUAUAUGAUCAAGAAAUCAUGGCGCUAUUCAAUAGUAAUGACAAGAAAUUCAUUAUCGACGAUGGUCUUACUCUCGAGCAAAAUUGUUCCAAUUCAUGGCUUGUUAAAAGAUGA